GGCGUCGCUGAUACUGCAUACGACGUCGCCGAGACCGUGGCUCAAGGGGACAUCCUCUACCGCGGCCUCUUUCUGGGCCUCGUGGGCGUCUUUUCCACGCCGCGGAGUUUCGACCAGAGCUGGAGGUCGAAGUUUAUCAGGAAAAUCGUCGUAAAGAUCAUCGUGGAGCUCGGGGCGAACGUCGUGUCGGCAGCGCCCUGGCUGCUGGCUCCUGAGACCGUUCGUUCCAUGGGCAUCGUGGGCGUGUUUCUCAGGCAGCGGCGCUUCGAUCAGUGCGGGAGGUUGGAGACCGUAGGCGUCAUCAUCGUGAAGCUCGGGGCAGACUUACUGUGGGCGAGAUGGCUCCUGGCGACCGUGGAGGUGUGA